AGACGACGCACCCUUCAUCAGCCAAUCAGUCUCCGCUUAGCUAAUCUCAUCGUUCGACUCUGGCGCAGGCCUGAAACACAUGCGAGGGGAGCCGCAACCCCUGGAGCGCGGGCCUGGGUGACGUUCGCAGUUUCAUAUGAGCCCAGGGCCAAGGGAUGACUGCCCGGCUCACUUCCGAUUUCUACCUUCUCCAUUUUCCUCUGUUCGUCUCUCUUCCCCGUAGUCUUUAUUUGCCUAAUACAAUCAACGUCCUCUUCGUGCAUACUUAAUAUUUCAUCUUGCCACUCCACGGCGCAGGGAACGCCACCAGGUUGAUUUGCUUGGGUAACCCGCUGGCGGCUCACCUGCUCAAACACCAAGCCCAUCCCAUCCUCCCGCUCACACAUCCCAGCCUCGAUCGCGCAAGGACAAACCCGAAGAACCAUCGGCAAAAUGGGGCAGUUCGACUGGUUCGCCAAGAUCGGUGCGACACCACAAGCUGUCGCCACUCUCAACGACCAGCCCAUCCUCUUCACCAUCCUCCUCAUCGUCCUCUUCUCGCUCAUCGCUCAGUGUGUCCUGUUAUGGUACAUCCACUACGCCACCUUGAAGCCCGAACAGAAGGUCAAGAAGGACAAGAAAGCGCCCGCCAAGAAGUAGCGGCUCGUCCCGGUGUCGGGAAGGACGGGGGCCCAGUUGGGCUAGGACGGUACCGGGCGUGGUGUUCCGUUGGGG